CCAAGAGAUAGAAGAAACAUGCAAGUGGGAGAGGGCUCCAAUGAUUAUAGUCGUCCCUGGUUUCGAGUUGGACAGUUCAGUUCAUUUGGUUGGUAGAGGCGAACGAUGGUGCAUAGCACGACAGCUGAUUCUGGACAGUGUUGCGUCGUCUGAUCGUUUCUCUUCGCUGUCAGUUGCAGUUCAUACUGCGAAUCGGUUAGCUGCUUCGCGUUUCGAUUUUCAUUUAUACGUGUUUUUCACAACAUAAUUGAUUGUAAUCUUUAUUAAAUAUUAUUUUCGAAAACGGAUACCGCCUUGCGAUUCGAAAAAUUCCUUAUUAAUAAUUAGAAAAGCGAAGACAAGGAUUAAAAGCACAUCAUAGCAAUUCACUACGGCCUAUUUAGUUGCUUUUCACUUUAUUGUAAUUUUUGUGAUCAUUAUUUCUUUCUUCAAACGCGAUUACUGUGCAUGGUGAAGCGUCAGAAGAAAGGGCGGAGAGAUAGAGGAUGCACAGUGUCAUCAUCAGGGUAUGAUUUCGAACGCCGUUUGGAUACCUAAAUUUACCUUCGACCGAUGGUAAAUAAAAAUAUUUCUCGGAAGAUGCAAUGGACAUUGACCUGGUACGAUCAUGACCGAUUUAUGCCAUCAGGAGAUGAUGGCAGAUUUAAAAAAUCUUGCUUUGACCGGUGGAGGAGGAUCUAGAUACAGUGGCGAUGAACAAGUACAGUUCAUUCCAGGUGGAAGUCAUCAGGUGACAAUUAAAUCUCCUCCACCUUCCCUGCAUUUGGAAAAUCUCAAUAAUGCUGUUCUCAGUAAUUCGCAAAAUAAUCUUCACUGCAAUUGCAAUGGUAGUGCAUCUAAUGGUACCGCAGCUUCAAUGUGUAGCAAUAGCAUGUUCGCAAGAAAAGUACCAAAUCAUAGUCCAGGACAGGAUGGCAAAAGGCCGGCAGUAACAUUAACGCAUUUACCGAAGAGGCCACCGGUUGACAUUGAGUUCAAGAAUCUAGCGUAUAGCGUGUCAGAAGGCAGAAAAAGAGGAUAUAAAACAAUUCUGAAAUGUGUAAAUGGAAAAUUUCGAUCCGGAGAAUUGACUGCAAUCAUGGGCCCUUCAGGUGCUGGAAAGAGUACACUUAUGAACGUUUUGGCAGGAUACAAGACAUCUCAUCUGAGCGGUUCUGUUCUGAUAAAUGGAAAAGAUAGGAAUCUUAGGAGAUUUCGAAAAAUGUCUUGUUAUAUAAUGCAAGAUGACCGUCUGUUACCUCAUUUAACGGUUUAUGAGACAAUGACGGUUUCUGCUAAUUUGAAAUUAGGAAAAGAUAUCAGCGCAACAGCAAAAAAAAUUGUGAUCGAAGAAAUAAUUGAAACGCUUGGUCUAAGCGAUGCGAGCAAUACACAAACUCAUUGUCUUAGCGGAGGGCAGAGAAAAAGAUUAUCGAUCGCGUUGGAACUUGUUAACAAUCCUCCGGUGAUGUUUUUUGAUGAACCAACUUCUGGUUUGGACAGUUCAACUUGUUAUCAAUGUUUAAGUUUGCUCAAAUCAUUAAGUAGAGGAGGAAGAACUAUUAUAUGUACGAUACACCAACCAAGUGCACGAUUAUUUGAAAUGUUUGAUCAUUUGUACCUUUUGGCCGAGGGCCAAUGUAUAUAUCAAGGAAAUGUUGGUGGGCUGGUACCCUUUCUAUCAUCAGUGGGCUUGGAAUGUCCCAGUUAUCAUAAUCCAGCGGAUUAUGUUAUGGAAGUGGCAUGUGGAGAACAUGGAGAAUGUGUGCAUAAAUUAGUUAUGGCUGUAAAUAAUGGUAAAUGUGCUAAUUAUCAACAUUAUCAAAGUACUAUAAAUGCAGUGCAAACUGUAUCGAAUGAUAUCGCGAAGGAGUCUCCGCAGCAAGAAACAAAAUCUGAAACUGCUUUAAUACCAAACGGUGUAGCAAAACAACCAAAUAGCGGAACAGUAAUUAACAUACCAAUUUCUUGCACGACUUCUUUAUUGGAUAGUGCAGAAAGUAUUGAGCAAAAAGUUGGCUUUCCAACAAAUAGUUGGACUCAAUUUUGGAUCCUUCUUAAAAGGAUAUUCUUGUCACAAAUAAGAGACAUGACAUUAACGAGAGUAAGGCUGAUUUCCCAUAUAAUUGUUGGGUUUCUCAUUGGUGCAAUUUAUUAUGAUAUCGGCAAUGAUGCUUCACGAGUAAUGAGCAAUGCCGGCUGCGUUUUCUUUACCGUAAUGUUUCUCAUGUUCACCGCAAUGAUGCCUACCAUUCUUACAUUUCCAAUAGAAAUGGCAGUAUUUGUAAGAGAACAUUUAAAUUAUUGGUAUUCUGUAAAAGCUUAUUAUCUUGCAAGAACUUUAGCCGAUGUACCUUUUCAAAUAGUAUAUUCUAUAGCAUACGUCAUAAUUGUAUAUUUCAUGACGUCGCAACCAUUGGAAACAAAUAGAUUCAUGAUGUAUUUAACUAUAUGUAUAUUAACAGCAUUAGUUUCUCAAUCUAUCGGUUUAGUGAUAGGAUCAGCGAUGAGUGUGGAGACUGGAGUAUUCAUUGGCCCUGUAUCAUCAGUGCCAAUUGUUUUGUUCUCCGGUUUCUUCGUUAAUUUUGAUGCCAUUCCAAAGUAUCUAAAAUUUCUUUCGUACGUAAGUUAUGUUAGAUAUAGUUUUGAAGGCACCAUGAUUUCUGUGUAUGGUUAUAAUCGUGCUAAGCUCAAGUGUUCCGAUGCGUACUGCCAUUUCAAGAGCCCGACGAAGUUCCUCGAAGAAAUGUCGAUGCAAAACGCCGUCUUUUGGCAGGACGCGGUUGCAUUGACAGGUUUUCUGCUUACUUUGAGAGUGAUCGCCUACUUUGUACUGAGACUGAAGUUACGAUCUCUUCGUUAA